UAUUCGCCCACACCUCAGGAGCAGCUUCAGGAACGCAUCGCGAAACGACGAAACGAGACGGCAUGCAUCAAUUGUCGGAAACGAAAAACCAAGUGCAUGGUCAAGGAGCAGCCCCCAGUGAACCCCUGCCAGCGCUGCAUCCGCCUCGAGCUCACAUGCAUAUACCCUGAUACGGCGGAGCCUCUGUCGGAGGCUGAGCCCGAGGCUCACCUCGUCUAUCAACACGCAUCCCCGCCGGGGGUA